CGCGAUAUAACCAUGAAUUAAUUGUUGAUUGAUGCAGUUAUUUUCGAAUUCCAAUGAUAAAUUUGUGAAGAAUCAAAAGUUCAGUGGUGAAUUCGUCAACUGGCAUAAAGUUGUGACCGGUCGUUCUGUUUGCCGGGAGAAGAAUGGCGAGCUGGCCAAGCUUCCUCUUUGAGAUUUCCGCAGUAAACGUGACGACAAUUGAAGGCUAGUUUGACGAUUUUCCUAUUGUAGUAUUGUUCUCUUCUCUCUGUGUUUUGAAACCUUUUUCGCUCUUAUUCGAGCAAAUAAAAGCAAUAAUAAACAAAUAAUACGAAAAAGUGAGAGAAAAAUAUCUCAAAAAUGAAAAUAUAGCGCUAACUUGAAACGCCCAGCGCAUUUCCCCAUUCUUCCACUCCAUUCCCUUCUUCGUUCUUCCCUCCAAUCCUCCCGUUGGUUCCUGUCUCCGUCUCCAUCUGCAAUCUCCCAUUCAAUCGGCGGGGGAGAAAGCUUUAUAUCCAAGAAACCGACCUGAGCUCUCUCUCCUCAUCCUAAUCGGAUUCCUAGCCUUGUAAUUACAUUCCCGAUUUCCGAAUUUAUCGUUAGCUUACAACCGAAGAUUAAAGGUGGAACGCGCGAACUUGGCGUCGUCGCAGCAGUUUAUGGACGGUGGCGGAGGAGGAGGCGGCCCGCGGUACGUCCACAUGCAGUCGGAGUCACCGCAACAUCCGCCGCUGGGGCAGGCCGCGCCGGCGUUGUCAUCGUCGUUCUUCUCGUUCCACGGCCCCGUCCCCGAACAAUCGCGGAUUUUCGAGGAGCUGCCCAGGGCUAUCAUCGUUCAGGUUUCGCGGUCUGAUGCCGGCGACAUUAGCCCCGUCCUUCUGUCAUACACCAUCGAGGUUCAAUACAAACAGUUUAAGUGGCAAUUGCUGAAGACGGCUGCGCAUGUUUUUUAUUUACACUUUGCGUUGAAGAAACGAGCAUUGUUCGAGGAACUUCAGGAGAAGCAGGAACAGGUUAAAGACUGGCUUCAAAAUCUAGGGAUGGGGGAGAAUACACAAGUGGUGGAGGGUGAUGAUGAUGACGAGGCAAUUCCGGUACAGCAACAGGAUGAAAGUUCUAAGAACAGAGAUGUCCCUUCGAGUGCUGCACUGAAUGUGUUUCGUGCGCCGUCCUUGGGAAGACAGCAGUCCAUGUCGGAUAGAGCGAAGGUAUCAAUGCAGCAGUAUCUCAACCAUUUUUUGGGGAACAUGGAUAUUGUCAACUCUCGAGAGGUUUGCAAAUUUUUGGAGGUUUCUAAGCUGUCAUUUUGCCCUGAAUAUGGACCUAAGCUUAAAGAAGAUUAUAUUAUGGUGAAGCAUCUGCCAAAAAUUCCAACAAAUGAGGACAAUAGGAAAUGUUGUUCCUGCGGCUGGUUUAGCAGCUGUAAUGAUAAUUGGCAGAAGGUGUGGGCUGUCCUCAAGCCUGGAUUUUUGGCCCUGCUUGCUGAUCCUUUUGAUGCCAAACCCUUGGAUAUAAUCGUUUUCGAUGUACUACCAGCCUCUGAUGGGAAUGGUGAUGGCCGAGUGACACUUGCAACAGAAACAAAAGAACGCAAUCCUCUACGACAUACAUUUAAGGUCACAAGUGGCAACCGGAGCGUAAGGUUGAGAGUCAAAACUGGUGCAAGAAAUAAGGAUUGGGUUGCUGCAAUCAACGAUGCCGGACUAAGGCCUCCUGAGGGCUGGUGUCAUCCUCAUCGUUUUGGAUCGUUUGCUCCUCCCAGAGGAUUAUCUGAUGAUGGUAGUCAGGCUCAAUGGUUUAUAGAUGGAAGGGCAGCUUUUGAAGCUAUUGCUUCAGCUAUUGAGGAUGCUAAAUCAGAAAUAUUUAUUUGUGGCUGGUGGCUUUGCCCUGAACUCUACCUACGACGGCCAUUUCAAGAGCAUGCUUCUGCUAGGCUUGAUGCUUUGCUGGAUGCUAAAGCUAAGCAGGGUGUUCAGAUUUACAUUCUUAUGUACAAAGAGGUGGCUCUUGCUCUUAAAAUCAACAGUGUUUAUAGCAAGAAAAAACUCCUUAGCAUUCAUGAGAAUGUACGUGUGCUGCGCUAUCCUGACCACUUUUCUUGUGGAGUAUAUCUUUGGUCACACCAUGAAAAGCUUGUAAUUAUUGAUCACCAGAUUUGUUUUAUCGGAGGACUGGACUUGUGCUUUGGUCGAUAUGACACAAGCGAACACAAAGUGGGUGACUGCCCUCCUGUUAUGUGGCCUGGAAAAGAUUAUUAUAACCCAAGGGAAUCAGAACCAAAUUCCUGGGAAGAUACAAUGAAAGAUGAACUUGAUCGUACAAAGUAUCCUAGAAUGCCUUGGCAUGAUGUCCACUGUGCUUUAUGGGGGCCACCGUGUCGUGAUAUAGCUAGGCACUUUGUUCAGCGUUGGAACCAUGCAAAGAGAAGUAAAGCUCCAUACGAGGAAGCAAUCCCACUGCUUAUGCCUCAGCAGCACAUGGUUAUCCCGCACUAUAUGGGCAACACAUCUCCCAUGGAGGUCAAGAACAGACUAGCGGAUGAUAAUGGUAAAAUCCGGAGAGAUUCUUUCUCAGCUAGGUCGUCUUUACAAGAUAUCCCAUUGCUUUUACCUCAAGAACCAGAGGAACUUGAUGGUUCUAUUGGAGGUGGCCCCAAGUCCAAUGGAGUGGAAGCAGCAUCUCUUAAAGCCUCCAAUUCAUUACGGAAAGCCAAAGUAGCACCAUUAUCUCCAGAUAUGCCUAUGAAAAGCUUUGUGGACGACCACGACCCUUCAGAUGUGAAAAUUUCUCCAGUUUUGUGGACGCAACCUGGUGGCAUUAGAUCCUCUGAUUUGGAGUGGUGGGAAACUCAAGAGAGAGGUGAUCAGAUUGGUUUUGGUGAUGAAGAAGGGGAGGUUGGCCCACGUGCAUCUUGCCAUUGUCAGGUUAUGAGGAGUGUAAGUCAGUGGUCUGCUGGUACAAGCCAAACUGAAGACAGCAUUCACAAUGCCUACUGUUCUCUUAUUGAGAAAGCAGAGCACUUUAUCUAUAUUGAGAAUCAAUUUUUCAUAUCAGGUCUUUCAGGAGACGACGUCAUAAAGAACAGGGUGCUAGAGUCAUUAUAUCGACGAAUAAUGAGAGCAUACAUAGACAAGAAGUGUUUCCGUGUCAUCAUUAUCAUACCGCUCAUCCCAGGUUUCCAGGGUGGUUUGGAUGAUGCUGGUGCUGCAUCUGUGAGAGCCAUAAUGCAUUGGCAGCAUCGAACCAUCUGCAAAGGACAACAUUCAGUAUUGCAUAAUCUUUAUGAGCUUCUCGGUCCUAGAACACAAGAUUACAUUUCCUUCUAUGGUCUUAGAUCCCAUGGUCGACUUUCAGAUGGUGGUCCAGUAGCCACUAGUCAGGUGUAUGUCCAUAGUAAAAUCAUGAUCAUUGAUGAUUGCGCAACUCUUAUUGGAUCAGCUAAUAUCAACGAUAGAAGUCUUCUCGGUUCACGAGAUUCUGAGAUUGCCGUACUUAUCGAGGACAAGGAGUUGGUGGAUUCGUCGAUGGGAGGGAAGCCAUGGAAGGCCGGUAAAUUUUCUCAGAGCCUUCGUCUCUCACUUUGGUCCGAGCACCUAGGUCUUAAUGGUGCAGAGAUGAAACAAAUUCUUGACCCGGUGAUUGACACAACCUACAGAGACAUAUGGACGGCAACCGCAAGGACGAACACCACUAUAUACCAAGACGUGUUCUCUUGCAUACCCAACGACCUAAUUCACUCCAGGGCGGCGCUCAGGCACAGCUUGUCGUCGUGGAAGGAGAAGCUCGGCGGGCACACGACCAUCGAUCUAGGGAUAGCCCCCGAGACGCUCGAGUCUUACCUGAACAGCGACAUCCAGGGCACGAGCCCGUCGGAGAGACUGGAAGCGGUCAGAGGGCACCUAGUCUCUUUCCCCUUGGACUUCAUGUGCAAGGAAGAUUUAAGACCCGUGUUCAACGAGAGCGAGUAUUAUGCUUCUCAAGUUUUCCAUUGAUUUUGACCACAUCACCCAUUAGGGUUCUCAAUACCCUGCGGUGCAAGGCAGCCCCCAGAUGGCGGUGGGCUUCAUUCGGGCUGUUUUUUGAGCCCGAAACACUCCUUUUUUUCACCUUUUGGUCCGUAGCCAUUCAUUGCCCUUUGAUUUCAGCCAUUUUUAUAUGUACACUUGAGAGAGAGAGAGAGAGAGAGAGAGAGUAACAGCAGCACAACACUACUAAUUAUAGGUCCAUACAUGUGAGAGUACCACGAUAGUUGUAUAGGCUUCACCAAAUACACAAACUUAUCCGAUUUUUCCCAUCAUCACAAAAACAUUAUCUUUAUGGCAUUUGAGCACUAGAAGUCUAGAAGCGUGAAGCUAGAAUGGUUGAAUCAUGAUUGCCACAUUCUGAGUUGAACUUGUUUGAUGCCCCCGUCAAGCGUAACAUGUUCCCAACCUAGUUAACCGAUAAUGACACGUGCGCUGAUUGACUUGCGACCUAAUAAUCCCAGCUCGAACAAGAUUCUACAUGUGAGUAAGACACCUCUAAACAACGAUCGAUGCAUCACUUGAUUCAUAUGUAACCAAACUAGUCUGUAACUUGAAACCUAACCUAUCCAACUUGAAUCCAAUUCUACAUAUCAUUGCGACGCCUUUAAAAAUAUCAACAAAAUGCAUCAUUGGAUUGUUCUGUUUUCAAACUAAUUUAUAACUUCGAUCGACAUAACUUGAUUAGCUCCCACUAGAAACAUACUUUUCAAUGAGUCAUCCACCUAACCCCACAGGUGUAUAGACUAUAGGCCGAGUAUGAAUAAGGAAAGUUAGGCAAGUGGGAUCGGAAAAUCACUUACCACUUCCGACCAUGUUUCUUCCCCACAGUCAUCAUGUUUUUUUUUUUUUUUUUGGUGCUUUGCUGCAGAUUUGCACCCUUUCGCUGUAGUAUUACCCACGGGGAGGGAAUGUCCUGAACCGAAGCAAGCCGCCACAAAGGGCUCCAAAUUUACCACACAGUUGGCAUAUUAUUGUUGUCAUUGUUAAGUCACACAGCGCAUUUGCGUCAAAAGCAAAAUCCACCCACUUGCAUUCUCAUCCACGCAUUAAAGAGAAAAAACAUGCUCCGUCGACAUCACCAAGAAGAAUGCUGGCUGACUACACCACAAGCAAGUGGCAACUUGUCUCGUUGCUCCAUAUCCAAAAGAUAAAAAAAAUAAGGAAGAAAACUGUGUGUGAUGACUGAUGAUAGCUCUUCUUCCUAAGUUGCACUAAUCAUAAAAGUAAUGUUUACUUAUUGACAUGGAUUUGGUGGUUUUGGUGACUCAAAUGUCAGACUUUUCUCUGUUAUGGGGCAGUGGCGGAGCCAGAAAUCUGAAUGAGGGGGAGACUGACGUGAACCGUAACAAUUAAAGGAGGGAUGACCAACACGUUACAAACACUGGGUAACUAGAAACAAUAGUCGACAAAUAAAUCGAAUUUGUUGAUGAAAUGGUCUUUUUGUGCUAUUAAAUGGACAACCUUAUUUGUAGUAGUAGUAAAAUCUUAACACAAUUUAUGAUAGAAUUCAUGUUUACAGUUCAGCAACCGUUGUUUAAUUACUGGUACCAAUUGGUAUGUUAUCACAAUCAUAAUCGUUUUGCCUCCCGUCAUAUUCCCUUUUGCAUUAGAUGAGAUCUAGAGAGGACAAGAAGAAGAACUCGUGGAAACAGAAAGCUGGCCAUGAAGAACUCCGCUGGAUCCAGCCCCCACGUACCAUAAGAACUUACUACUAUCCUCUUCUUCUAGUAAUAGGGUUGUGCAAUGAGAUAAUUCCAAUCUCUAUCACCCAUCUAAUCCAAAUUGGUCAAGAAAUUUCAGUUAAUUUA